AUGCCGUCGAGCCCCAGCCAGAAAUUUAAUUCCCAUCCGCUGCCCCUCACCAUUUUUGUGACCUGGCGAUGUGACAGCGGCAAAGAGAGCGGGAGUCCGGGAGGACAUCAAAAGGGCGUCGGGAUGAACGAGCCGCUGGUUGACGCCGAGGGCUUUCCCCGCGACGACAUCGACCUCUACCAAGUGCGCAGCGCCCGGCACAACAUCAUCUGUUUGCAGAACGAUCACAAGGCCCUGAUGAAGCAGGUGGAGGAAGCUCUUCACCAGUUGCACGCCCGAGAGAAGGAGAAGCACGCCAAGGAUGAGGCGGAGGCGUUGGCUGAGGCAAUGAGCCAGAACCAGAGCCUGCCACAGGCUUUUGCCAAAGUGAACGCGGUGACUCCAGGAUCUCCUGCAAGUAUCUCGGGACUUCAGGUCGAUGAUGAGAUUGUGGAGUUUGGUUCUGUCAACAUAAACAACUUCCAGAACCUGCAGAACAUCGCCACAGUGGUGCAGCACAGCGAAGGGAGACCCCUGAGUGUGACUGUGAUCCGCAGCGGCAAGAAAGUGCACGUGGGGCUGACUCCGAAGCGCUGGGCUGGGAAGGGCCUCCUGGGCUGCAAUAUCAUUCCCUUACAAAGAUGACCAUUGCUUGGAAAAC